AUGGACGAGGGUCAAAAGUGUGCUGCUGAAGGAUCCCCCGAAGCUCAAGUCUUCUUAGCUAUUCCUCCUGAAGGUUCCAUUUCUAAAGGUGAACUACAGGCCAAAAAAGCUAGACCCUUCAGUUUCAAAAUUGGCUGCUCACAAGCUGGUAAAAACAAAUGGGUCGACAUGGGAAAGCAAGUUUCAAGAAAGGUUCAACAUGUGGAAGACAAGGUCAAGGAUUUGCUUAUUAGAAUACAAAAUGGAGAGGCAAUUGGCAAAGGUGAUAUUAACUCACUUAAAGCAAGGAAGCUUAUUGUUGCACAGACAUGGAAGGGCUACACGGUGAGAAAAGGGCCUAACUAUGCCCCUAAAAGAAAGAAAGUUGCUACCAAUUUGACGGGUGACUGGAAGGAAUUAGAGUUCAAAGAGUAUAACUUCAAUGCUAAAGGACCACCUGCUGAAGCUGGCCAUCUUCACCCAUUGCUCAAAGCAAGGAUAGGACCAUAUAUUUAUCAACUUCAUUUAGCUUUCAACAAAUGUCAUUUGAUUGUUUAUAUGGAGCUAAAAUUUUUGGGCCUCAUUUUAUAUUCUGGUGAAACAACAAUUGAAGAACAUAUUUCUUCAGAUGGGUGGUGCGUUUUGAGGAGAUGCCAACAAACAAUUUCGUUGAAAGCAGGUAGUUGA